GGACCCAGACCAUGUUCAGACUAGGGAGAACCCUUGUAAGAUACAACUCCAUCUCAGCCAAGUACCAAGCCAAACUCGCACAAAAGGCCAAACAAGUCGGAGCAGCAUCAGUUGAAGAACUCAAACUUAAACUCGCAGACCAAAUCGAACAAACAAAGAAGGAACUCAACAAGAUCGACCCCUUAGCUGAACUAGAAGCUUACGAACGAAAACAAGCCAUGAAAGCACAGGCCACCAAACCAGCAAUUCCUAUCGCCAAGGAUACCCCAAAAUUGCCAUACAAGGUCCUCAACGACUAUGUUGACCUCGACAAACUCAAGGAAUUGCCCCGUCGUGAAAUUGAAUACAUUUGGAAAGCUCGUUUCCAAGAUAAGCAGAAGUCAGUUCAUGCCGUGAUUGAUGCUGUUCCCUUUGCUGCAAUGUAUGCCAAUGCAUUCAAGAACCCAAACUUUAUCUUGCCAUUGCCAAGAGACAACGGUUAUGAAAUGCACUUUGUGCAAUGGGCAUUUGUAGGUCCUGCCACCGUCCAUUGUAUGCUUACUACUGUAGCCGAAUACAAGUUACAUGGAGAGUAUGCCAAACCACACACCACCUUAUCUUUCCACCAAGAAGUCAGCGAUAAGGGGGUGAUUUUAAUGAAUGGGGUUAUUGAAAACGAUACUAUCCCCAUGGAUGAAGCGCAAUUGCUUGUGUUGAAUGUACAAAGAUUCUACGGAAUGGGUGAACAAAACGAAAAGAAGUUGAAGUUGUUGAAACAGUUUACUACUGGUGAUGACGGAUUUAGCACCGAGGACUUGAUUAAAGAAGCUACUACCUUUUAGAUCUUGUAUAUAUACAUUAAUUUUUGUUUCUCGUUCUUGUAGUUCUCGAUUUAGCUGGAGCUCUGGUCUUUGGCUUGGCCCUUGACUUAGCUUUUGGCGCACAAUCAUCAUCACUAAGAAUUUCCACAUCUGAUUCUGAAUCUAAUAUGUGAUGUACUUCUUCUUGAGCUGGAACUGGAAUAUCUGGAAUAUCAAUCUCCACAGGAAUACUUGCCAGUGGCGCUAUCUCCUUUAGCAACUGUUUAAAUGCAUUCUUGGCCUUCACAUCAUCACCAUUAUGAAACUGAUCUUCGUCUAUGUCUACUGAUAGCAACAUCUUGGUCUCUCGUUUAACCUCCUUUUCUAUAUAUUGUGACAAACUCGUCUUGUCUUCAUUCUCGAUAAACCGUUUUACCGCAUCAUUAAGUCCGACUUCUGGAAUAAGAGUCAAUUGCGUUUGCUUCAAGAAAUCGUUGAUUAUAUCAUGAAGUUGCAACUCGGUUGAUUUUUUAUUCAUGGUGUUCUCUUCAAUAGCAUUGAACUUUGUCCUGUUAAGUGUCUGCUCUCUUGGUUGUCGUUUCUUAAAGAAUUGAAUGGCAUCAUUGGCAUUAGCGAUUUUACCCACAAACCUAUUAGAAAAUCUCUUUACAUUCUCAAUUUCAUAGCCUCCAGAAUACUCUACUUUUAACCGGAUUAAGGGGAGCGGUGGUGUAUCCGUCCUAUCUGGAUUCAGUUCUUUCCAUUUCGUGUUUGCCGCUUCUAUAGCCAACUCCAUUUCAGAGGUCAAGUACUCAAUCACAUCAGACUUGGACGCGGCACCGGGUAUCAAAUCGGUCUUCAGUAAUUCUAACACCUUUAGAAUAAACGGACGAACCGUUGUUAAUUUGAUUGGCUCAAUCGAAUAAUCUUGUCCCCGCACACUCAUUAUGAAUAUGUGUUUGUCUGGAACUUCACCCUCGCUUAAUGAAGUAGCUACUGAUGAGCCAGCUUGUAAUACCUCAAACUCCAUCUCGGGGUUGUGAACGGGGUAUGGUACACACUCGUGUUCAUGUCCCCACAAUAUAAAAUCUAGGAAUCGCGGAAGGAACAGCUCGGGUAUGCUUGAUGUGAAUGAAUGAGUAGCGUGGUUUUGAUGGAAAGCUAAAAAAUUAAACCAUUCGUCAGUGUGGAUAUCUGGACGAAGAAACUUGACUAUCCCAUCACGAAAAGCCCUAUGGAGUCGUUCAUCACGAACGUUUGCCAUUCCAUAAAGAGCAAGUUUGGUCGUGCCCUUUUGAAAGAGUAAUGGAGACACGGUUAUGUUUUCAGAAUCGGGGAUGGCUCCGAAAUGGUUAAUCAACCCACUCAUGGCAAGAACGUCCAUUGCCAGAAGUAAACCCUCACCUGUAGCAUCAUCGUGGUUCCCACUGAUGGCAAACACUGGGAUUGACACGUUGACAUUGGGAUCUUCGUAAUUCACCCCAAAACUUCCAAGUACUUCUGGGUCACUUAACAUCUCAAUCUCAACUGGCUUGUCGCCCAUGCAGUUCAAUCUUAAACUCUGCAUAACAUGAUACAUUGACUUCUUGCUGGGUUUGGUGAUAUGGAAGAGAUCUCCUCCCUGUACUAUCAUGUCGACGUUGUUGGUGGACGCGAUCUGGGUGAUUUCAUGGAAGGUGAGGUGGGAGUCUGAUGUUCGAAUGGGGUCCGACUCGGCAUAUCCGACAUGAUUAUCUGUGGUUAGGAGGAUACGAAUGGUGUGUUCGUCCUGGGGAAGAUUGUCUACUAGCAUGACGCUGCAU